GGCGGCGGCAGCGGAGGGAGCCGGAGGAGGGACGGGAGGCAGCGAGAGGGCAGCCGGCCGCCGGGCCAGGUGUCUGGAGCGGGCGCCGGCUGCGCUGCGCGGCUCUCGGUCCCGACGGCCUCUCUCAUGCGCUGAGGGCGCCCGGCCGGGCCGGGCCGGCGGCGGGAGGAGAGGCUCCUCUCCAUGGUCCAGAAGACCAGCAUGUCCCGGAGCCCUUACCCGCCCUCCCAGGAGAUCCCCAUGGAGGUCUUCGACCCCAGCCCGCAGGGCAAAUACAGCAAGAGGAAAGGGCGGUUCAAAAGGUCAGAUGGGAGCACGUCCUCGGAUACGACAUCCAACAGUUUUGUCCGCCAGGGCUCGGCGGAGUCCUACACCAGCCGACCAUCGGACUCUGACGUGUCUCUGGAGGAGGACCGGGAAGCCCUAAGGAAAGAGGCAGAGCGCCAAGCAUUAGCCCAGCUCGAGAAAGCUAAGACCAAGCCGGUGGCAUUUGCUGUGCGGACAAAUGUCGGCUACAACCCAUCUCCAGGGGAUGAAGUGCCAGUGCAGGGAGUGGCCAUCACCUUUGAGCCCAAGGACUUUCUGCACAUCAAAGAGAAAUAUAAUAAUGACUGGUGGAUUGGGCGACUGGUGAAGGAGGGCUGUGAGGUUGGCUUCAUCCCCAGCCCUGUCAAGCUGGACAGCCUGCGCCUCCUGCAGGAACAGAAGCUGCGUCAGAAUCGCCUCAGCUCCAGCAAAUCAGGUGACAACUCCAGCUCCAGCCUAGGAGACGUGGUGACUGGCACCCGCCGCCCCACACCCCCUGCCAGUGGUAAUGAGAUGACUAACUUAGCCUUUGAACUAGACCCCCUAGAGCUAGACGACGAGGAGGCAGAGCUCGGGGAGCAGAGCGGCUCUGCCAAGACUAGUGUUAGCAGUGUCACCACCCCGCCACCCCAUGGCAAACGCAUCCCCUUCUUCAAGAAGACAGAGCAUGUGCCCCCCUAUGACGUGGUACCUUCCAUGAGGCCCAUCAUCCUGGUGGGACCGUCGCUCAAGGGCUAUGAGGUUACAGACAUGAUGCAGAAAGCUUUAUUUGACUUCCUGAAGCAUCGAUUUGAUGGCAGGAUUUCUAUCACUCGUGUGACGGCAGACAUUUCUCUGGCUAAGCGCUCAGUCCUCAAUAACCCCAGCAAACACAUCAUCAUUGAGCGCUCCAACACACGCUCCAGCCUAGCUGAGGUGCAGAGCGAGAUUGAGCGAAUCUUCGAGCUGGCCCGAACCCUUCAGUUGGUUGCCCUGGAUGCUGACACCAUCAACCACCCAGCCCAGCUCUCCAAGACCUCCCUGGCUCCCAUCAUUGUUUACAUCAAGAUCACCUCUCCAAAGGUACUUCAGAGGCUCAUCAAAUCCCGAGGGAAGUCUCAGUCCAAACACCUCAACGUCCAAAUAGCGGCCUCAGAGAAGCUGGCGCAGUGUCCCCCCGAAAUGUUUGACAUCAUUCUGGACGAGAACCAAUUGGAGGAUGCCUGCGAGCACUUGGCCGAAUACUUGGAAGCCUAUUGGAAGGCCACACACCCGCCCAGCAGCACUCCGCCCAAUCCGCUGCUGAAUCGUACCAUGGCUACUGCAGCUUUGGCCUCCAGCCCUGCCCCUGUCUCCAACCUCCAGGGACCCUACCUUGCUUCCGGGGACCAGUCGCUGGAGCGGGCCACCGGGGAGCACGCCAGCGUGCACGAGUACCCCGGGGAGCUGGGCCAGCCCCCAGGCCUUUACCCCAGCAGCCACCCACCAGGCCGGGUGGGCACCCUGCGGGCACUGUCUCGCCAAGACACGUUUGAUGCCGACACCCCUGGCAACCGAAACUCUGCCUACACGGAGCUGGGAGACUCAUGUGUGGACAUGGAAACUGACCCCUCCGAGGGGCCAGGGCUUGGAGACCCUGCAGGGGGCAGCACCCCACCCGCCCGACAGGGAUCCUGGGAGGAUGAGGAAGAAGACUACGAAGAAGAGCUGACCGACAACCGGAACCGUGGCCGGAAUAAGGCCCGCUACUGCGCAGAGGGCGGGGGUCCAGUUUUGGGGCGCAACAAGAAUGAGCUGGAAGGCUGGGGGCGAGGUGUCUAUAUCCGCUGAGAAGCAGGGUCCACGCAGUGGGGGGAAGGGCUCUGAGCCCUGGGAGGGGAGGGACCAAGGGGCUCACCACCAGGGAUGUAUCUUUCCUCCAGGGGGCACUGUCUCCCUCUCAGAUGCCUUUGCUCGAUGUUGGGGGGUUUCUUUGGUGGUAGCAUCCCAGCUCUUGGGAUUCCCUUAAGCCUCAGCUGUAGGUUUUCACUUAACCUGCUGUGGAUGGAUCGGGGGAUGCCCACCUUUCUGCAGUGUCCCUUUCUCACACGUCAGGGGGCGCUCUCCCCUCACUCCCAGAGAAAAGGUGCACUUCCUUAACUCUUUCUACUUGGGGCUCUAAAUAAGGGUCCUAAAUGGGGUAGCCCUUUCUUUUCCCCACCUGGAGUAUUUGGGAAGGGUGAGGGGGCUUUUCCUGGAGAGGGAGACCACAGACUUUCCCAUGAGGGCUCUCUUCCCCAAACCCCAGAUCCAGGCUCCUUCACCAUGCCUAUCCCUCUCCCAGCUUUCUGGCAGCAUUGUCUGGUGGGUGAAAGGUGUAGACUGGAAGCCCCAUGGGGAUUGUCUUGGGGAGCAGUCUGAAUGGACAGCGGCAGGCAUCAAAUGGAGUGCCUGCUCUCUGGAGGUACUGCUACCCACCUCACCACUUUCAUGCCUCGGCCUUCGCCUACCCCAGGAAUGAGCUUUGCCUAUGAUGUCCCUUGCCUACUGCCAUCAGAAGAGGGGGCCCCUCUGUGUCUGAGCCCCCCACCCCUUUUCACUUGGGUGUGGCACCCAUGGAACACUCUCCGCCUCAUUUUGAAACCAAAAAACUGCCCCUUCACUGUCACCGGGAGGCCCCGGGGGAGAGGCCCUGCGGGUUGGUGCCCAAGAGGCGAUCAACACCCCGGGGGGUUGCCUUGGGACCUCGGAUCUCCCCUGGGGGGCUUGGCUGCUGCUGCUGCUCUGUAUUUGCCUCUUGUGAUCCCAUCCUUUACCCCUGUCCACUUCCCCCAGGAGAGGCCUUGGUCCCUCCUCUGCCCACCUCCCUCCUGAGUGUUCCUCUGCCUAGCAUCCUUACAGCCCAGCAGCCCUGCCCCUCCCCAGCACCCAGCUGGGCCAGAGAGAGCCGACUGUGCCAACGAGGACUGGGCCCUGCCCAGCUGCCCGCCUCAGGGACGGGCACCUCAUGCCCGUCUCGCCACCUCCUGUGCCAAUGUUGUCCCACCCCCCGCCGGGGGUGGGGUGCAGCUUCCACUUACCGGUUAGAAGACACCACUGCCCAACCUUUCCCCCUCCCUGUCUGGUGUCCUGUGCCCCUACCUGUCUGUCUGUCCGUCUGUACCCCCCUAGAAGUAUUUUGCCACAUAUAAAACCGCCGUCCUGUCCUUUG